AUGCAGGACUGGAAGUCAGGAAACCAUCCCAUGGGCAACGUCGAGGCCUACAAUCCAGAUCUGAUCCCCGAGGAUGGCGGCAACGUGCAGCCGCCAACGCUCCAUGUUUGCCAGAUGAUUACUUGCGAGGAUGGCAGCAAAACUUUGGCCAUCAGCCCCGAGUUUCGCAACAAAUGGAGUGAGGAUCCGACACGCCAAGAUGAAUGGUCCCGGGAGAUCAAAUCCUUCGAUACAAGGUUCGGAGCUCACGUGCCUUCCGAGACACGACAGCCGCCUGCAGCAGCCGGCAGCGAGGCCGCAACAGCCGAUGCCGGCGUCAGUGAGUGGGCAGGUGAGCCUACCUCGGCAACCGACUUGGAUGCCCGCUACGAGAUCGUGCUCACUUGUCCGGGAAGGUCGGCUUCUACACAGAUGCGUGUGUGCAAAGCAGUAGAGAAGAAUGCAACCUCGGCCAAUAACGUGGAGCCCGAGCAGCUUUACAAGCUGUUCCUGGUGUCUUUGGAAAACAACAUCACCAUCGACACGGACCACUUUCUCAUUGCACAUGACAGAGCUACGUUCAUGAACGCCAGCAAGGUGCAGAAGCUGCUCGAGAGUGGAGGACCGCAGCAGCUGCCUUGA